AUGUUUAGAUCUGUAACGACAUUACGAGUUUCCACUGUAUCGCUGGCUAGACCUUUGAGGGCUGUGUCGAGUGGAUUGGGACUGAGAUUUCAAUCCACCAUCAAGAACACUUCACAGGAUGAGGACACCGAGAGCUGGCUCAACGCAGUUAAGGAACUGAAAGCACGUUAUCAAUCAGAAGGUGUUCCAGAUUUCGAAUCACCUCACAUGCAACAGCUUGUCCAGGAGAAGUUUGAGCCAAAUUCUGAGCAGCUGGCCAAGUUUGAAAGUCUGCAAGGGAAGCCUAUCCCACAGAAGAUUGACUCAGUGGUCCAGCACUGUACAAAUAUGAUCAUGAAAGACGGUAAGAAGGCCAAGGCUGAGAGAAUAAUGACAAGGGCGCUGUAUAUUGUGAGAUUGCAACUCAGAGAAGACCCUGUUGAGGUGUUGAAGAAGACUCUGGACCAGCUGGGUCCGUUGAUGGAGCUCAAGACGUAUAAGACCCGUGUUGCUAAGAACCUCACUGUCCCUGUGCCAUUGAACGAGAGACAGCGUAAUAGAAGGGCAUUCCUCUGGAUUAUUGAAGGUUCCGAAAAGAGAAGAAGCAAGGACUUUGCUGUGAGACUCGGUGAAGAGAUCAUUUCUGCUUACGAAGGCAAGAGCUCUGGUUACGACAAGAGACUACAGAUGCACAAGGCCGCUAUGCUCCAUAGAGCUUAUAUCAAACUCAGAUGA